AUGGCGCUCUACAACACCGCCCGCUUCGUGCACGGCCUACUUAAGGCCAACCGCGCCGCGCCGCCGUCGUUCACCGUACGGCUCUACCGUGAGCACUGGAUAUUGAACAACGGCUCCAAGUUCCUCUACAAUAGCCAGACCGCGUCUCUGCUGGACGACAUCCGUGCACAGCAUAUACCCGUCGACUUCCUCGAGCUGUUCGACUCCGCGAACCUCCCCUUUUACGAGGGAUGUCUCAUUGUCGAAAUUCUCGACUAUCGGCCGGCGAAAAGUACCGAGCCUGAACUGGAGCAGCCCGAGCGAAGCCGGGUGGUCCUAGCGCCCAACGACGAGUCUCGCUGGGCUGAUAUCUGUCUUCUCAGUCAGAAGACUGUCACGCCAUGGACGGAUAACAACGCUCUGGAAGUAGAAGCGCGGCUGCUUCUGGCCACCGUUCCCCCUUUAUGUUUGGAGCCGGACCCGCAUCUGGCUCGGAUAGUGAACCUGACGCAGCGGGUGUCGACUCCACCCGCACCCAUGUCUCUGAAGCGCAAAGCCUCCGCUGUCGAUCAGGAAGCCGAUGAGAUCGAGAAGACACGUCGUCUGAAGCUGAUGCAGUUUAUGAGUCCCCAGCGCAACAUCCAACCGGGGUGA